UCUUUCUGUUCCUCUCUCUGAGAGUGAGACCACAGCUUUUAGUAGUAUUUCCCAUUUUUUCUUUUGUUUUUGUUUUUCUGUAUUCCUUGUAUUUGGGAUCGGAAAGAAUCGGAAAUUGAUUCGACGUUCGUAUUAUUGGGUGGUGAUCCCAAUCAGAAAAAUUGAUUGAAAUGGCUACCGGUAAAGCGAUUCAUCAGCUUCUCAGAAGAAAAUUUCAAUCUCAAUCUUCUGCAUCUCCAGUGUUGUCAUCCCUUGCUUCAAAGCAAGAUCAAGAUGGAGUUGGAUCUAUUGGAAUUAAAUCAUUAAGAGGGCUGGCACUUCUUGGUGCUGGUGUUACUGGGUUUUUGGGUUUUACAACAAUAGCAUCUGCAAAUGAGGCAGAACAUGGCUUGGAGUGUCCAAGUUAUCCAUGGCCACAGGAAGGCAUUCUCAGUUCGUAUGACCAUUCCUCGAUUCGCCGUGGUCAUCAAGUUUACCAGCAAGUCUGUGCAUCUUGUCAUUCGAUGUCCUUGAUUUCAUACCGUGAUCUUGUGGGUGUUGCAUACACAGAAGAGGAGACCAAGGCUAUGGCAGCAGAGAUUGAGGUGGUUGAUGGGCCAAAUGAUGAAGGUGAGAUGUUUACUCGUCCAGGGAAGCUUAGUGAUCGUCUCCCCCAGCCAUAUGCAAAUGAACAGGCAGCAAGAUUUGCUAAUGGAGGAGCAUAUCCUCCUGAUCUUAGUCUCAUAACUAAGGCUCGUCACAAUGGCCAGAACUAUGUGUUUUCCCUUCUUACUGGCUACCGUGAUCCUCCUGCUGGUGUUACGAUUCGAGAAGGACUACACUAUAACCCUUACUUCCCCGGUGGAGCAAUAGCUAUGCCCAAAAUGCUUAUCGAUGGUGCUAUCGAGUACGAAGAUGGCACCCCUGCCACAGAAGCUCAGAUGGGUAAAGAUGUCGUGUCAUUUUUAUCCUGGGCAGCAGAACCAGAAAUGGAAGAGCGGAAACUGAUGGGAUUCAAAUGGAUUUUUGUGCUUUCCCUUGCCCUUCUCCAAGCUGGUUAUUACCGUCGAAUGAGGUGGUCUGUGCUGAAGUCCCGCAAGCUUGUCAUGGAUGUGGUCAACUAAUCUGCUUGGACUUCCUUCCUCUAUGCAUCUGGAGUGGUUACUAGAAUGUCAAUAAUGGGUGUGUAGAAGAUUAGUGAUGCUGUAAUACCUGGCAUUAAACAUACAACGGGCAAACAGCGGCAAACUACGAGACCUGUUUCCCUGUUUUAAAACUAUUUUUUGAGGGCGAAAUAAAGCUCUGAUACCAUAAUUUUUCUCUUGCUUAUUUAUAAUUUGCUUCAGUUUGGUGUAUCUUCUGAAUUUUCCAGGAGAUAAAUUCUCCUAUGAUCAAUGUAGCUGAUGUUAUAUGGUUACAGAUUGACAUUAAAUGGUUUCAUGGAUAUGGUUCCUUUUGUA